AUGGAACGGCGUGACCGUGGACGGGAUGUACAACUCCCCGAACGCGUCACUGGUAUUGUUACGAUGACUGCUGGACAGUCUGCGCAUCACGCGGAGACUGCCGCAGCAAGUACUGGUCCUGGGGGACUUCACCGUGAAGGCCAAGCUCUGGGGUGGCCUCCGAACCAAACCGAGAUGAGAAAUUGUGGAGAACUAGGCAGUAGGGCUGCACCUUCGUCUGCUGAACACUGGUAG